UUUCACCUAUUCUAAAACGCUAUAGAGCGUAUAUUCUAAAAUUUAGAACAGCGCUCGAUAGCGUCACUGAGUUGCAACCUGAGCAACCCACAACGGGCUUCGACCACAUGUGUGCAAGAUGGCGGAACGUUCGGAGAAGUACGAUCUAUUAGACGAUGACCAAAAAACGAUUUUGCGUGGUUUCUUCGAGCGAGGGAUGACAACGACACGCAAAGAUGUGAAGGAACUAAUAGAAGAAGCUGCAGUAAAAACAAAUGUUAGCGUUGCGCGUGUGAGGAAAUGGAUUGGGAAUGAGAGAAAAAGAAAGAAGUCGGGGCAGGCACUGGAUGAUACAAACCAACAAACAAAAAGGCACUGCAGAAGCAAGCCACAGACCACCGGGUACAACUUGUUUUGCUCAUAUAUACUGAAUUCAGAUACAUGCCAAGAGCUGAGCAAUAACUCUGACAAAUUAAAAAUGGCUGUAACAACCUGGAACUCACUGACUGUCGAAGAACAAGAAUGCUGGAAAAAAAAAGCAAAGGAUGCUCAGUCUGCAAAUCCCAUAGACCUUUCCAACAAAGAGCGCCAUACCAAGAUCAAAAAGGCAAAGAAGCAAUUAAUUUCUCAGCUUGCAUAUUUAGAAAGCCUGGGGUGCACAGCAUCUGUGUUGCUUCUGGAGCCAGGGGAAUCCCCUUGCUAUCAGCAGUAUGGACAAAUGAAGGCCUACAUUUCUUAG